CUCUAGAGACCCGUGGAUUCGAUAUUUAUUACUUGUGCCACUAUACUGCAGUCCCUUUCAUUGGUUACACUUGGCCAUUGUUAGGUGUUGUGUUUUAGCGAGUCAAGUUUUUGGCGCCGUUGCCGGGGACUUUCUAGAGUAUUAGGAAAGUCAGAAGUUUGUUACUUUAGCAUUUUUCUUUUCUUUUUUUUUUCCACCCUUGCUUUUCACUUGGGUGUUUUUUGUUUUUGUUGGUGCAGAUCUGAAUCAUGGAUCCGCAUGGCUUCUCCAACCAGUGGGGGUAUCCACCACCAUCCGAGUGGUAUUACCCCGAGACUCCCUGGAGCAAUCAAGGAGGAGAAGACUAUGGAUUCGGGUUCCAGUACCAACCCCCUUUCUACGGAGAACAACCAGACCCCUGGGCAUAUCAAGAACAAUCUCCUUAUCAAGAAGAAUUCCUCCCACAACAAGAAGGGCCAUCAGAUCUUGAGUUACCCAUGGCGGCCUUCACGGGCCACUCUGCAGAGCCAUGCUACACUUCACUGGAAGAUCCGAAAAAACAAUUAAGGCUUCUCGUGGAGCAGUUUGCUCGAGACACUAAGAAAUCAUGCUCCAAGAUGGAUCUUCAAAUCAAAGCCCUUGCCACUUCCGAUCCCUCAUUUCUCCAUGAUAUGGAGGAGAUUGUUCAGCGCUCAGCGAAGCAAACAGAGUGGGUGAAGCAAGUUUGCUCGCAUCUUGCCCAAGAUCACCUUUCUGCUACCACGCUAGAAGAGGUGGAGGAUGACAAAGGCUAUGAGAGCGUUGAGGAGCAUACAGAAGUUAUCACAGAGAACUCUUAUGAUAAUCAUGAUCAGGAAAGUCCUUUGGUUGCAGACCACACCUUUCCUCAUUUAUGCUCUAACAUGCUGGCCCCGUGCGAGGAGAUGCAAGAUGAUCCCAUUGAAGAAAUUGCUUGGCGACUUGCUCUCCAAUCUGUUCUAGAAGAAGAAGAGCGAGCAAGGAUGAGGAAGGAAGUUGUGGAUGAUGAGGAAGAAAGAAAAGAAGAGGUGGUUCUUGAUCUUUUCCCAAGGGAGAGACCACAUUUUGAAGAAGAAAGGGGGGUUGAGGAAGCAAUUGGCGUCCAGGCUGAGGAUGAAGUUGAGGUGGAAGAGGCUUGCACCGACCCUAUGUUACAUUUGAUAUCUCCACCAAACUUUGAGGAGCUGCAUGGCAAGGACCCAUUUGCAAUGUCUUUUUGCCAGACCAAGGCCACAUCAACAUCGGUCCCUCUUGGUGGAUGCAAUGGUGGCCAAUCGAUGUUGUCAUAUCUGGUUUGGGGCAAUGAGACGAGAGAAGAGAAGAAGAGGUCUCGAGGGUGGAGACCUCAUCUGCAUCAAGUACAUGAGCCUUCAUCACCUGCCACACCACAUGCUCGUGACUUGAGACUCCACCUCAUCGACGAGAACCUCAACUUCAAGGAGGUUCUAGCAUGGACCGAAACUUAGGAGCCAUCGUCCGGCUCACGACGUGAAAGAAGCGCUUGUUGGGAGGCAACCCAACCAGUCGGUUUGCAUUUCUUUCUCUUUUUCUCCUCGGUUGAGUCAGUUUUGUUAUUUGAUUUUAGAGUCAAUAACUCAACCUUUGUGAG